AUGCCCUAUAUCCAUGAUGGCGAAUCCAUGGCACAUGUGCCACAGAUGGUACGCCUAGACCUCUUUGGGGGCAUCAAUGCCAAGGACCCAAUAUUGGCCCAGUAUUUUCACAUAAAACUCAUUGUUAAACUGAUUUUGAUUUUUAAUUUUAGAACAUCUAAAGACUCUGAGGACGGUAAAACUGGAUAUGACACCUCAUACCUCAAGUCCAAUAAACCCAGAAAGAAGUUCAAGGAUUUGCCUCCAACUGAGACAAUCACAGAAAGCCUGUCUUCCUGCUCCCAGCCAGGGACAGAAGCAUGUAUUGACCAGGAACAACUACAAACACUGGAAAGAAUGUUUGAAGAGACUGCAGACCAUACUGGAGCUUUGACUAUGGAAAGUUUUCAAAAGGUGAUGAAGGAAGCAUUUUCAUCUUUGACCGAUGAAGCCGUGGAAUACAUGUUCUGGAAAGUGGAUGCAGAUUGUGAUGGAUUGGUGACCUGGCGCAAAUAUCUGGAUUACCUGAUGCGGGAAUUUCAAGGGAAGGAAGACAUGAGGAAAGGCCAGUAUCGACUACGUCUACAACCACCUAUGAGGAUUGUUCCCCUGAAUCAUGGACAUGAGAUUGUGAAGCUGCAGUUCUUAGCCAGUCCGUAUAAGGGAUCGAGUGGGCGCUUUCUUACUGUCACAAAAGAUGGGAUCCUUCAGUUCUGGGAUGAGUCCUUUCAGCUGCUCCGGACUGUCCAUCUGGACCAGACAAAUCGCCGUCACACCCAGCAGAUGUGGGUCAACGACAUGGUAUGUCUGGGCAACAUUAACCUGAUGGCAAUUGCAUCUACUGACCAGGAUUUAGAAUUCUUUGACAUUGCUGGAAACAAAUGCCAAAGGUCUUUUAUCUUUAUUGACCUGGACAGUUGUGCCUUAGUCAUGGAUUACUGGACAGACCAACACAAAGGUGUGUUUUGUGUUGGUGAUACAAAGGGCAACGUUCUCAUCUUUGUCUCAGAUGAUAUUAUGGAUUCUGGAUUGUUUCAUCCAUCUAUCUUCCAGCACAGAACAAAGAUUGAAUGUAUUGGGAGAACAGAAUCAGGUCCUUGCAUGAAAAUCUCAAUGCAGAAUCUUCUAACUAAAAAAUCUAGAACACAUAGAAGUUACCGAUUGAAGGCAAUUCACUCCAACUGGUGCCAGCAGAUUAAGUUCCUUCCCCAGAUGAACCUGGUGGCCUCCUGCUCAGCCAUUGAUAAUACAGCCAUGGUCCUAACAAUUGUGCCAACUAUAAAUGAUCAACCAAGAACCUCCACAAUGACACUGAGGAAGGGAAUUCUUUGUUUUGAUUACUGUCCAGACAGGAAUUUUCUUGGUGAGUUUUCUUGGCACAAUAACAUGAGUAAAGAUAUAGGGGCUCGACAGGACCACACAUGUUUCAGAGAUCAGAGAGUAGUCCAGAUUGGGAUUCUUAGUGGCUAUCUUGAGGCCCAAGUAGGCAACUGGAAAAAGAUGGAGGAAGAUGGUACUACCCACCAUACAAGUUUGUGUGGGAUUCUUUAUAGCAAGACUUUCAGGCAGGUGGUGAGCGGCUGCCUGAAUGGUGUGGUGAGCGUGUGGGAGAUGAUGACAGGGAAGAAGGUGAUGGAAUUUGCAUCAUCAGAUUCUAAAGAUAUGGAGCUCACAUCAAUGGCCCUGGAUGAGUUGGAACGAUGCCUCAUCACUGGCAUGAGAAAUGGAACAGUCAAAAUGUGGAAUUAUAAUAUUGGGGUCUGCCUGUUGGACUUUCCAAAUCCAGACCAAAUGGAGGUCAGUGGAGUUGCUCAUAUGAAUGGGGUGUUCUAUGUGGCAGGAUGGAGUAAGAGGAUAACUUGGUUUCUGUAUCGAAACAAUGAAGCCGUCCCUCUGUUUGACCACUGGCCUUACUAUCACACUGAGGAUAUCCUGUUUCUGGCCAAGUACCGUAGCAACAUCCUGGGAUCAGCUUCCUAUAAUGGUGACAUUUUCAUCUGGAAUGUCAACUGGGGGAAGCCCCUUGUUUAUUUCAAUGCUUCCAAGAGCCCAGGGGCCUUGAAGCCUAAGAAGGUCUUCAAGGAGGAGUACUAUAUGACACUUGCCGACUUAAUGAACAGGACAUCCAACAAGGUCAAGGCAAAGUCCUGGGCAAAGAAAAACCUCUGGCGGCCCUCGAGUAGGAAUUCUGACAAGACUCAGAUGCAGAGGAACCUGAUGUCUGCUCCACCUGUGAUAAAAGGCUUGGGAGCAAAUACCCAAAUCAAGCAUCGUGCUCCUCUUUCUUCCCAGAAACCUUUCAGCGCAAACAGCAAAGCGGCACAGGAGAAGAUGAAACUUCAAGAUGGAAGCUGGACCCAGAAUAGAAUUUUGAAGAAAGAAAAUGAGGAUUAUAUUAGGCAGGAAGAAAAACAAUCAGUGGCGUCUGUGGAGAAGAUCAUCUUCCUGCCCACUCGGCAGCGGACCCCUCGAACAGCCACCCUUCUGAGCAGUGGGGGCAAUGGCAUUAUUUAUGCCUGGUCGAUUCAUGACAAAGGGGGCAUGCUGGGAAAAUUCAGGCCAGCAGGUAAUGAGAACCAGGACUCGGUGGUUGGUGCUAUGGCCAGCGAUGAGAAGGACUGGAUUCUGGUAACGGGGGACUCUAAAGGGUACAUCAAGAUCUGGGACAUCAAGGAGUACUGUAGGCCAGCCAGUGAACAGAAGUUAUCCCCUGUCUGGGAAGAUAAAGAAGCUCAGGAAAAUACUUACCGGAAGUUAAUUUCUGCAGAGAAUGAAGAGGAAAAACAGCCUGAACCCUUGACACCUGAAGAGGAGGUCAAUGGCUGUCAUGCCGUUUCCCUAAUUCCUCCAGAGCUCCUAAUCUCCUGGCGGUCUCAUAAGGGGGGUGUGACUGAUAUUGUCUUUGGGGACCGUUUCCAUGUGAUCAUCAGUGCUGGUGCAGACUUUAAUGUCAAGGCCUGGACGGUCUUUGGCGAGGCUAUUGGAACCUUUGGCUUACACAUUUGGAGAAGGCUUGUGCCUGUGGGGAAGUUGGAAAACUUACGAAAAAUGUCCAUCCAAGAGAAAAUAGAAGACACUGAUUUAAAGGAUAUCUCUAAAGAAGAUGAAUACACGAAGGUCCUAAGAGAGCAGCGGAGGGAUCAGCUGGAAUUGAUGAGUCUAUUACAUAGCAAGUCACCAGAGGCCAUGGCCAAGCUAAGGGAGAUGGCUGAACAUAGCAUCCUGGGGUCUGCCAAAGCUGGCGAGGGGGUCGAGGACAGUUGGAACAAAUGGACAACUUCUGGGAUGUUGAGAAGUGACAUCAUUGGAAGGGCUUAUAAACCGAAGGAACGGCUACCCAAAUCUGAGACUACGGUGGCACCACUGAGAUUUCUGACGGAAAAAGAGAUCUCUCCUUGGAUCUAUAGGAGCCUCCCGUACAAAGAGCUACAAGAUUUGACCCGGUCCAACAUGGCCAUCCUGAAAACAACUAAAAUUCCUAAGAAAAAACACGUUUGGGUAGUGACCCAGCAGAUCAUCAGGAGCCUUGCUUUGCCCAGGCAGCUGUCCAUUGAUGCAUCUAUGCAGUCUCAGAGCCUCUCUUAUUCUACCUCUCUUAAUUCUUCAUCCAAGACUUCUUCAAUUACUUCAAUAUCUUCUUUGAAACUGUCUUCGGACAUCUCCUCCCUUUCUUCUUUAAAGCAGACAUCGGUCUCAUCAUCAGGAGCCUCGAGGAAACAAUUCUAUUCUUCCUCUGUAUCUUCCAAGAAAAGGGCGCUUUCAAAUUCUUCAUCCAUGGCCACCAAGUCGUCCUUCGCAGGCACUUCAUUGCCUUCCGGAAAGAAGCCUACGAUUCCAGAAAUAAAGCCUUUGAAGUCAAUUCUAUCAUCCCGAGUCAGGUUUUAAAGGAUGACAUCUCAUUGAAGUUGCCAGUCCACUGAAGGGAACGCAGGAUAUUGAUGGACUCUUUUCUUAUUUUGCUAGGUCAAUUAAAGUGUAGGCUUGGUUGCUCCACUCUACCACAAAAUUUCCCUCCCAGAAUUAUUCCCCUCUCCUAUUGAGAUCUAUGUGUCACUUCUUCAGGAGAGAGAAAUAAAUUUUGUUUUGGGGUCUCAGA